GCAGUUCUUUUUAUCGGUUCUCACUAGCACUUUGUAAUAGUGGGCUGUUAUACAGAUUUUGAUGGGAGUGUCUUGCAUGAGUGAUUCGGAAAAUUGUGAAUGAAAAAAAGCGUUUGAAGUAUUAGAUUGUUACCAGACUAAAGCCAACAGUACCUUGAUUCGCAUAAGUAUUUCUAGGGUUUUUUGAAGCGUGUUCUGAUUUAACUGGAAAAUAUGCAGACUGAAAAAAGUGCACCACAUUAUGAUCAAGAACUUCAACCUCCUCAACCAGGUUUUAACUAUUCAUCCAACUAUGGUGUCCAAAGUGCCAAUUACAGCACUCCUUAUUCACCUCAGUAUUCUCAACAGUCUGGGUUUGUUCCGCCACAACAUACGAGUGGGACCGAAGCUCUUACUCAUGAUGCACCACCUCCUUAUACUCAGCCAGUGCAAGUUGCUACUGCUGCUACUAAUAGUACUACAGUUGAUCCACCAGUUUAUGUUGCUGGUUCUGUUGACAAUGAUUAUGGUGAGGGCCUUGUUGGCUGGAAUUUCUCAGAGAAGUCAAUUCGAAAAGCUUUUGUGCGAAAAGUUUAUGCUAUUUUGAUGACCCAGCUUGCAUUUACUGUGGGCAUUGUUGCUCUUUUUGUUUUUGAGAAAAACGUAAAGAUGUUUGUGCAGAAAAAUUAUUAUAUUGCUAUUGGAGCAUACAUAACAUUUCCUAUUGUAUACAUAGUGCUAGUAUGCUGUAAGAGUGUUAGGAGGAAGUGGCCAGUGAAUUUCAUUUUCUUGAUCAUAUUUACAUGUGCCCUGAGCUACCUUGUUGGAACAAUUUCCAGUCUCUAUGACACUCAGAUUGUAUUAAUUGCCUUGGGAAUUUGUACCAGUUGUUGCUUAGCUAUAACUAUUUUCUCCUUCCACACAAAGUUUGACUUCACCACUUGCGGAGGUGUAUUAUUUAUUCUUUGUUGGGUGUUGUUCAUGUUUGGUAUACUGGCCAUUUUCACCUACAACAAUAUAUUGAAAACAGUGUAUGCUGCCCUGGGAGCUUUGCUUUUUAUGGCAUUUUUGGCAUACGACACACAGGUGGUGAUUGGUGGAAAGAAGUAUGAAAUAAGCCCAGAAGAGCAUAUCUUUGCAGCACUUCAGUUGUAUUUAGAUGUGGUGUACAUCUUCUUAUUUAUCCUCUCUAUUCUUGGUGGUGGUAAAAAAUAGAUAAACCAUGCUUAUCUGUUUCUUUUAUUUUCAGAAGUUUGGAAAUUGGUAGUUACAAAAUAUAUGAUAUUGUUGUGUUAACUAAUACAUUCUAAGAAAAAAAUAUCUUGUGUGACAAGCAAGUAUAAUUUCGUGUUUGUAUUUUGUAUGAAAACUAGUAAUUAUAAGCACUGAUUGUUAUCUUCAGCUGACAUUAAAUCCAAAUUUUACUGAGAAAGGCUCACAAAUUUUGGAUGAAAUUUUAAUAUUGGUCCUAAAAAAAAAGGGGUUUAUUUUUUUAAACAAAAUAAAUGUUUAAAUCAGAAAGGCCAACAGUAUUUUUGCAGAUUUUUGAGACAUUGCGUUUUGAGAUAUCUAUUGUAUCAACUUUCAAAUAUUUUUAUUUUAUUUUUUAUGCAAACACUUGUAUCAUGUGCUAACUACAACUUCUGUUGUUUUUUGUUUUUUUGCAAAGGAGGGAGGAUUUAAAAUAAAACUAAUCAGGAUUUUAAAAAAUUCAACUUACAAUAUAUGUAGUUUUAUUUCUUUGUUCCUUCACUGUUAAAGAAAAACAUUAUCACCCUAUGUGUAGUCUGUCAUACAGAUUUUGUCUCCAGUGUUAUCAUCAGAGAAUAGAUAAACCUAUUAUUAUUCUGUUCCUCAAAUAUUUUUACCUAUCUACCAUAUUAUAAUAGAGAGACUAAACAUUUGAAAAUCAUUCCGUGUGAUAUGUUUCUAUGGUAAAAAUAAAGCAAAGAAACCUGGUAAAGUUUAGAUAGGUUUGAAUUGUAGAAGCUGUUCAGCUGAGACAAACCUUCAGUGUUGUUGCGUAAUAACACUAGUAAAUGUUGAGGAUGCUUACAUUUUAUUUGUACAAAUCAUAGCCAUCUAACCCAUAAUAUCAAGUGUCAUGGAAAAUUUGAUUUGCAUUUUUUAAUAUCUUUUACACACACAUUUUUUCUGUUGAUAUGUUGUACAAACCCUAAGCAGAGGGAAUAGAAUGUCUAAAUAAUGAUCCCUUAGAAUUUGCCCUUGACUUGCAUUUUGUUACUGGCCCAUCAGUUAAUGUGCGUAACUAACAUUAAGAUUCUAAGACGUAUGAAAUGGAAAAUUACCCUUUGCUACCAGUAGCCAAUACCUUAAUAAUAAAGUCAAGUAUAGGGUCAAAAACAAGAUUAAGAAAUUUUGACAAAAUCAAUUUUUGUUAGCUUCUCCAUUUGUAACUACUGAUUACCAGAUAUGGUUAAUAUUAGUUAUUGUCCUAUGCUAAUCUUGCAUUGUUUUUAAGUACUAUUCAUUUUUAUUAUGUUUCAUAACUUUUUUUAAACUAAUCUAAAUAUUUAUUUAAUUAAACACUGUUUUGGUUAAUAAUCUACCACAAUUUUCUGAUGUAUAGUACUGAUGACUCUGUGGGAUUCGAACUCAGGGAUUUAGGAAUGGGAGCACCUUUCACUGACUGGGCUAAUGCUUAUUAAUGGUGGAAGUUGUAUUUACUGAUGGUAACCAGGUUCUGCUAACAUCAGUAUUUAGCUUACUUAGAGGGUUCAUGGCAGUAUGGAUGGGGAAUAUUUCUCCUUUCAAGUUACCUGUUGUUGCAUGACAUGAAUUCAUUCUUCUAAGUGAUUUCCUUUGAACUGCUAAUUUCUGACCGAGAUCACAGUGGGGUAACAUGUUGCCAUUGUUUGAAGCCCUUGAAAUUGAUUUGAAGUAACAAAGGGAAGUUGGAUAUUACCUAGUUGUAGUAUUAAAUCCUUUAUUUAACCCUGAAUUACCAGUGAAAUAGUAAGAGGUAUUCAUUACCUUAUCCACUUGUAAACCUUCUAUCAAAGCUAUAAAAGUUUUCUCUGCUGUCUUCUAACACUUAGAACUGAACCUUUUCCUACUACCAGAAUAAUUUUAUUACUGUGUUAGCAUCUAUCAACAUUUUGUUCAUCUACAUUUUUUUUCUAAAACUUGAAUUUAUUAAAUUUAGGUGAUAUCCUACAAUGUAUAGACAUUACUUGAGGAGAAUGUUUCAUGAAAUGGAAUAAGUUCACAGUGCAAAAAAAAUUGUCAAUUUCUUAUUUCAGUAGAAAAUGUUAAUUUAAUUUUUUUUUCUAAAACUAAAAUUAAGAAUGAUUUUGAUGGUGGUUUCUUCAUCACCUUAUCAAAAUCUUACAACAGGGAAGGUGUUGAAGUCUUUGUUUACAAGACACUUCCCCGUGAGUUAGGUCAGUUUGGGUAAAUUUCAUUCUUAUAUAAAACUGGACUAAGGUAAAGGAAAUAUUAUUGUAAAUCAUGAGGAGUAGUACUCCCCUGAAACUGAUAAAGGAUGUAGAAUACAUGUUGGUCAGAAAAUAACAUUAGAAAUAUCACGAAUGUUAUUUAAAACAGGAAAAUGGAUUAUCAUGUAAUGUAUAAAAAAACAACAACUAAAGUUUUCAUGAACAGGUAUGGUUGGGAAUAAGAUCAUUGUGAUACACGAGUUGUACUUUAAAUUGUGAAUUGAUAUCUAAAGAAAAAUUACAUUUUAGUAAAUAUUUCUAAUCUAUAAGUAUAUGACCAUGAAAUUAUUUCUCACUCUUAACUUUUGGAAAAUUAAUAGAUGGGAAUUUAUUUUCAGGCACACUGUGCUACUGUAUGUUAAAAGUAAAACUAACGUUUUUCUGGCAUAGAGAAAGUUAAACUCUAUUAGUUGUUUUAACUGACUAAUUUUGAUAACAGUUAUCAUCAUCAGGGGCUUGUAGCAAGCUCUGAUAAUUCAUAACAUUUUAAAGAGACAUAAAGGAGCUUAUUAGCCCAUCAAGAAUGUCCCUUCCAGCUCCCAACUAUAACCACCCCUUACUACUCCUAUAUUCAUCAAAUCUUUUCUUCAGUUCAGUUAAAUUUUCUGCCUACCCCACCCUUGAAGGCAGCUCAUUCCAAAAGCCAAUCACCAUGUUUGAAAAGUAAUACUGUUUAAACUACAGACAACUCCUACCUUGCCAGAACUUGAACUUAUGACCCCUUGUACUAUUAAUUUCACUGCUAAACACAAAAAAGUUUGAUGGAUCCAUAUUAUCAAUACCCUUAAUAACCGUAAACACCUGAAUCAAAUCCCCUCUGACCUUUCUCGUUUCCAGAGAAAACAAGUUUAGAGACUUUAGUCUCUCCUCGUAGGACAGUCUCACCAUCCCAGAUAUCAUAAUGGAAACUGUAUUAUCGUAACUACUCAACUGAAACAACUAGUAAAAUAGUUUAUUUUUCAUCGUGUCAAGUUUGUUUAAUAAAUGAAUAUUACUGCACGCUUUUUAGCUAAUGUUGUAACUGAUUAGGUGGUAAUGUGAUCUCUUUAAGUUUAGCAGGCUUAAAGUUUGUUGUUAUGACUUGUGAUUGAAAUGUUUUUUGUUUUGUUUUUUUAAGUUUUUGAUCAAAUCUUAAGUUUAAAAGGUGUUAUCAUGGUAUUUCUGCAUGAACCUACCAGUAAAAGUAUAGUAUUUUAGAUUUUGAAGAGAGAAAAAAAAAGGGUCUGAUCAUAAUUUUGAUUGUUGUAUCAACUUCUUGGUUAUUGUUUGUGUAGAUUUCUUUAAAAAUCGUUUUCAUAUUUUGUGACUGUUCAUAAAGUGUAUUUUCUCUUUAGAUUAUAAGAAAGUUAACUGUUUUUAUCACGUCAUUAUUCACCUCCACUUAAUGUGAUUAAAAUACACACACGUUCUUGGUGUUUCAGUAUAACGACCUUUAAUUCCUAUCAAAUGGUGCAGUUAGUGAUAUCACAUUAUGAGUAUAUUUUGUAACUUUCAUAAAGUUUAGCUAUCAGCUGGUUUUUUUACAUCUAUGAUCACAAAAUGAAGUGAAUUAUUUCAUCACAUAGUACUAAAACCAAGUUUCUUAAGAGACUAAAUACCAUAAUGACCUUGUAUAAGGAAUAAACUACUGGCUCCCUCUAGAUGAGGUUGCUGUGUAUUUCUAUCUGUCAAGAGUAUAGGUUAUAAAUGUAAUUUUCUCUCAUAAAUGUGUAGUCUCUGUAUUGUGGGAUCUUUUGUGAUUAACUUUGCAUAAUUGUACCAUUCAAGUAUUAAAAAUGAAGUGACUUUUAAAAAGAUUA